AUGCUCAAACUCUUGCUGCUGGUAUCGUUGUCGCUCACGCUGGCGGCAGCUCGCGACUGUCCUGUCCGAGCUUACACCAAUGACCCAGUGGACUGGCAGUAUGGGAGCUGUUAUCGGGGUACUUGGACAAUUGUGAGCUCUUGCUUAACGACGGUUAUUGCCUGCACAUGGACCAUUCAGCACCUCAACAUCCCGGCCAGCACGGAUGGCUCCUUGAAGAAGUUUAGACGAAAAUUGAAAUGGAUGUUGAUAACCGUGCUGUUCCCAGAGAUCAUUUUAGUACAUGCCGGGUUCCAAUUUCGAAUGGCAUGGAAAGCACUCCAAGAGUUGGAAAGUUAUGGUCAGGAAGUCAAGUGGCCGUGGUACAAAAGGUCGUGGAGGUGGGUACGAAAGACAUGGCCGUGGUAUAAAAGCUCCUGGACCUGGCUACGGAAGAAGUGGUCGUCGCUACGGGAGAAGUGGCCGUCGCCCAAAGGCUCAUGGAAGUGGCUGCGAAGUCAGUUUAGGCAGAAACUCGCUGACGAGGAGCGUGGCAAGGAGACGCAAGAAGACCCAGAUCAUUCAAACAAAUGGACCAUGACACAUUGCUAUUAUGCCAACAUGGGCGGCUUUUUAUACGACAAUGGUAGCCAAAGAUUUCGUCUUACCGCCGGGGAGCUGACCUCGCUGCGCAACCGUCCACCAAUUCCGAAGGAGGAUAUCCAAGACAAAAGCAAACAGGACUGGCUGGCAAAAACAUGGGCUGGCCUGCAGAUUCUACAGCUCAUCUUUUCCGUCAUCACCCGACACAUCCAGCAUACACCCUUUUCACAACUCGAAAUGGUCACACUCUCUUUUGCUCUCUGUGGUGUGGUGAUUUACAUCACAAAUAUUCAUAAACCACAAAACAUCGACAGGGCAACAGAGCUCAAAGAAAACCUGACAGGCGUGGAGGGUGCAAUACUUGUACCCUCUACUAUUCAGACUCAAGAUAGCUUGUGGGCAAUUCUGAGUAACCAGCGUAACCACGCUGCCAUCGACAUUGGCUCGAAAGUCGAUGCACCACGGGUACCAAACGACAGCAUCCCAUUCGACAGCAGCAAUAAUGUCGUUCAUCCAGUUGUAUAUCCUUUGGCAGGGGCCUCUGCUAUCUUUGGUCUAAUCCAUGCCAUCGCAUGGUCGUUUGAGUUUCCUACGCCGGAGGAGAAACUGCUAUGGCGAAUAGCGACUGGCAUCUCUGCAGCAAGCCCUGUCUUGGGCCUACUGACAAUACCACUGGUACAGUCUACCAAGUCUGCAGGGAAUUCUGAGCUGUUUGUGGCACAUUUUCUCAGACUCCUGCGAGAAUAUCGAUGGCAUUGUCCCCGAGAAUAUCCUAUUGCAACAGCAAUAGAUGAACUGGAGACGCAAUCGAUACACUUGCUGGGGCCUCAUCGGCAAUAUCUUAAAUACGCGGUAGAAUAUUCACGAAUAUUCGAGGUAGACUCGAUGGGAACCAGCCCGUUUCUGCUGGAUGUUGGGGAUUUCCUGCUCUUGAGAGGUCCAUACGAGGACGUCAACAACAGGUUACCAAGCGAGUCAGGCGACGGUCGAUGCCAAGACCAUAAGGGAAAUGCAAAUAGGUUGAAGCUGCACGACGACAAGGAAUUCAUCCGCAACUUCAAUCGCCUCGUCGAGGCGCUCCUCCCUCGCGGUGGGAAGAAACUCAAGCAGGAGACCCAGGCUGACAUCUGGCCGCGGAAACCAGUGUUCCCGCCUUUCUUAAACGAUUUAAUCUUGUACGGUACGAGUGUUUUGUACUGUUUAUCUCGCUUGGCUCUGCUCGGCGUCGCGUUAUCGAGCCUUCGGAAAAUGCCUGGCAAGGUGUAUGAGGAGACGGAUUGGACAAAGUACGUGCCGUCUUUCGGGGCAACAGGCUAA